AUGGCCACGCAAUCCAAAGCCUCCACGUCCACGGGCAUCUCGGAGAUGGAAGACGUCGAAAGCCCACACGUGGAAGCCAGAGUCUUCGGUAUCCAGGCCGAUUCUUCAGAUGUGUUCGUGCAGGACGCUCAUCACGAUGCUGUUGAUGAGGAGCAACCCUCUGUGUUCGCCUGCUGCCUUUGA